AUGAAGAAGGUGUUCUCCCGCUUCAAAACGGACGGGGACGGCAGGAUCUCGCCCCCGGAGCUGGCAGCCGUGUCGCGCGCCAUCACGCCGCUGGCCACCGACUCGGCAGGGGGCCGGGAGGUGGCGUCCAUGAUGGACGAGCUCGACACCGACCGCGACGGCUACAUGGACCUCGGCGAGUUCGCCGCCUUCCACGGCCACAACCACGGGGAGCGCGAGCAGGACGCCGAGCUGCGCGAUGCCUUCGACGUCUACGACAACAACGACGACGGCCGCAUCUCCGAUGCCGAGCUCAUCAAGGUCGUGUCUCGGAUCGGCGAGGGUCUCCUUGUUCUUGGCGUGUUGGCCCUCGCCCGCUCGCGCGCCGCCGCCUCGCUCGCGCUCUCCAACCGCAAGGAGAUCGCCACCCCGCACCUCGGCGCCGUCAACUCCCUCUAG